CUUAAAAAUGUAGCCCCGAGAAACGAAGAAAAAGGGUUUGCCGAAAUGGGGAGAAGAACAUUGAACGAUGCCUUGAGAACCAUCGUGAACGCCGAAAAGAGAGGCUUCGCUUCGGCGGAGCUUAAGCCCAUCUCUAAUGUCAUGGCUUCUUUCCUUCAAAUCAUGAAAUACCGAGGGUAUAUCAAGGAUUUCCAAGUGCAUGAUCCACAUAGAGUGGGGAGGAUAACUGUGGAGCUGCUGGGGAGGAUUAAUGAUUGUCGGGCUAUCACUUAUAGACAGGAUAUCAAGGCUCAUAACAUCAAGAAUUACAAAACAGACACGCUUCCUACUCAUCAGUGGGGCUAUGUGGUAAUUACUACACCAAAUGGAGUUUUGGAUCAUGAAGAGGCAAUUAGACAAAAUUUAGGUGGUCAAGUUCUGGGGUACUUUUAUUAAAUUUAGGGCCAUGGCGUAAGCAAAGAACGACUUCCAAUUUCCCUUUGGUUUUGUACAUUUAUUUGCUUGCUAUGAGAUCAUGGAAGAACUAUGAAUGUCCUCGAAGCUUUCCUUGAAAUGUCCUCAGGGAAUGGUUUUGUACAUUUAUUUCCUUGCUACGAGAUCAUGGAAGAACUUUGAA